UUCUAAUUUCGUUCGACCCGUAAAGAAUAUUUGUUAACCCUUUUCUCUCUCUCUCUCUCUGAAUCUAACACGACUCUUAUGCCAGGUACGUUUUCAACACGGUGAAUCGGAGAUGGGUUCGUCUCAGUUUGAACACUUUGUCCAUGCAAAUUCAAUAGUUUUUCCCUUCUGGGUUCAAUCUAAUACGAUUCCAAUGCGCUAAUAACGGUUAUAUAUGGGUUUGGUGGUGAAAUGGGCAUUGGUUAUAAACAGAGUGUUUGCUUUGUAAAGGUUGUGAAUAUAAAGAGCUGAUUUUGAUUGGAUUUGGCUCAUUGAGUAGAUAUGAAAAGUGAAGGUUUGAAGUGGGUUUUAGGUUUGAUAUACAUAUUUGCUGUUGCAUCUAUUUGGAUAGCUGCUAGUUUUGUCGUACAGUCGGUUGUGGAUGCCGGUGUGUCCCCUUUUCUUAUUACCUACAUAUGCAAUUCAUUGUUUGUGAUCUACAUUCCCUUGGUUGAAGCCGGGCGCUAUUUGGAGGAUUCGUUCGGAGGGUUUUGGUUUUGGAAAAGUAAGGAGAGUAGUCCUUUGCGAGAGUUGGUGGAGUCGGAGCAAUCCACUCUUCUUGGAGACGGUGAUGCUGUUGCGAAAACUGAUGAUGCUUCUGUGCAUGUAGAAGAGGGAGAAAUUGGCGGGCAUGGAAAAGUUAUUGAUGGAGAAGUGAAAGUUGUGGCGUAUGAGCCUAUUAGGAUAUCAGCGAAUCUGUCUGAAAUCGAUGAAGUUGCUGAUAAGCAAGUGGAUGAAAAAGGGCGUUGGACACGUACUCGAGUGGCAAAAGUUAGCCUAUUGAUUUCCCCAUUUUGGUUUUUCGCACAGCUCACUUUCAAUUUGUCAUUGAAGUAUACUACAGUCACAUCAAAUACCAUCUUAAGCAGUGCAUCCAGCCUGUUCACCUUUUUGGUCUCUCUUGCAUUCUUAGGUGAGAACUUCACUUUGGUGAAGCUUUUCAGUGUUCUUCUUUGCAUGGGAGGAACGAUAAUUGUCAGCCUCGGUGACUCACGAACUACUCUAAGUGCAAUUGCUUCAAACCCUCUACUGGGAGACAUACUUGCUCUUGUCUCAGCAGCUUUGUAUUCUGUGUAUAUUACCCUCAUUCGCAAGAAGUUACCUGAUGAGGAUGAUGAGAAAAGUGGUCGUGCUAGUAUGGCUCAGUUUCUCGGAUUUUUAGGGCUUUCUAACCUUUUAAUAUUUCUUCCAGUUGCCCUUGUACUGCAUUUCUCAAAGUUGGAACCCUUUUAUAUGCUGACCUGGAAGCAGCUUGGUCUCAUUGUUGGUAAAGGUUUGCUGGAUAACGUUCUGAGCGAUUACUUAUGGGCCAAGGCUGUUCUUCUAACAACAACCACAGUAGCAACAGCUGGUCUAUCAAUACAAGUUCCGUUGGCAGCAAUUGUAGACUCCGUGACUGGCCAUGCUCCUCAUUUUGCUGAUUACUUUGGAGCUGUGGCUGUUAUGAUUGGAUUUGUUGGCAUUAAUAUUCCUUCUGAUGCUUUUAAGAGGUCGGAAGGAGCUACACUAGAAUUAGAGAAUGGAAAUAAUAGAAAUAGUAGCUCAAUUAGUGAACCUGGUGGUUCAUCAGGUCCAGAUUCAACUGCCCAUUCAUAGCACGCCUUUGUUCUGUGCAUGUAUUAUUAGAGUAAUGCUACAAAAGUCAAUAUCAGAUUAUAUAAUUUUCAUAUCCAGUGCUUCUUAUGCACUAAACGGUCUAAACCUAUUAGCAACUAGAAUAUUGCCAUGUAUCACUAAUUACUUCAUUUAGAACUGGAGGCACAAUUUAGUCU